GACAACAUCAUGUCACGCGUGAAUCGCCUUAGGCUGUGCGCGCUAAUACUGUUUCUGGCCGCGACGGUCGAGGCUGCAGUUUUUCCUUUCCCACCUGCCGAGGAACUACGCAGCCUUGAGAACCCAAAUCAACGGGACAGCGCCUCGCCACGCGCCGAGGAGAACUACCGCCUACCCAACGAAACUGUGCCAAUACACUAUUCCAUUGAGUUAACGACUAGUGUGCACAAUGGAGAGACUCCAUUUAGUGGCAAAGUGAUAAUCACUUUGGAGGUAGUGGAAGAUACCGAUCAUAUUGUUGUGCAUGCACGUCAGCUAAGGGAAUUUACGGCAAGCAUUAAAAGCGUGGAUGCAGGUGCCACAGACAUUACACUGAAGGAUAGUUAUGAAGAGGAGCGAGAGUUCCUUACGCUGUCGCCAACUGAUACAAGCAUCAGUUUUGCUGCCGGUACUCAGUGGCUUCUAACCAUAGAAUACAAGGGUGAUCUGCGUACGGAUAAUGGUGGCUUUUAUUUGUCCACUUUUACCGGCGACAAUGGGGAAACCCGUUACUUGGCCACAACACAGUUCGAGAGCACAGAUGCUCGCCAUGCUUUCCCCUGCUACGAUGAACCGGCUAAGCGUGCAACCUUCGACAUUACACUCAAUCACGAUCCAUCAUACAAUGCCAUUUCUAAUAUGCCCAAGAAUGAAACUAAGAGCACUGAUGGCGUAACCGUAUUUGAAACCACAGUAAACAUGCCCACUUAUCUGAUAGCCUUUAUUGUUUCCGACUUCGUGUCCACGGAGGGUGAAUUAAAUGGCCUGCCCCAGCGUGUUUUCUCUCGUAAGGGAACCGAACACGAACAGGAGUGGGCUCUGACGUCGGGUAUGCUGCUGGAGAAACGACUGUCGGGCUAUUUCGAUGUGCCUUUCGCCCUGCCCAAGCUAGAUCAGGCUGCCUUACCCGAUUUUGCUGCAGGUGCCAUGGAAAACUGGGGUCUAGCUACAUAUCGCGAAGAGUAUUUGCUGUACAACUCGGAAACCUCCACGGUUAACACUCAGACAAACAUCGCCACUAUUGAAGCGCACGAAGAUGCGCACAUGUGGUUCGGUGAUCUUGUUGCCAUUGAAUGGUGGGGCUACUUGUGGCUCAAGGAGGGCUUUGCCACACUUUUUGAGAACUUGGCGACUGAUUUGGCUUAUCCGGAGUGGGAUAUAUUUCAAACCUUCCAUGCGGGCUCUUAUCAGAGCGCCUUAAACUAUGAUGCGUCUCCUACUGCUCGGCCUAUGUCACACUAUGUGGAAAAACCAUCUGAAAUUUCGCUGCUGUACGAUUCGGUUUCCUAUGCAAAGGCAGGAUCCGUCUUAGACAUGUGGCGUCAUGCACUGACCAACAAGGUCUUCCAACGCGGUCUACAUAACUAUUUAACGGCUAACCAAUUCUCUGCAGCCAACGAGAAUGAUUUGUUUGAGGCCAUAGCCAUAGCAGCCAAAGAAGAAAAUUAUCCUGUUCAUGACAAGAUUGUCGAUAUGUUGCCCAGUUGGACACGACAGGGUGGAGUACCAUUGCUCACAGUAGAGCGGAACUACAACGAUGGCAGCUUCACCGUGAAGCAACAUCGGUAUACCAACGACAAGGACGAUCAAAACGAAAAGAAAUGGUAUAUUCCCCUUAACUAUGCGGUACAAACAAACCCCGAUUUCCGUGACACCGAGGCUACCCAUUACCUGCUAAAUGAGGAAUCGAUAGCGGUCUCCGAUGCCAAAGUAUCAAACGAGGCCUGGCUUAUACUGAACAAACAGUCUACAGGCUAUUAUCGCAUCAAUUAUGACGAUCGUAAUUGGCAAUUAAUCAUCGAUGGUCUCAUUGAUCGUCCCCACAAGAUCCAUCCACGCAAUCGCGCUCAGCUAAUAAGUGAUCUUUACCGUUUUGCAACUAGCGGUCGUGUGCCUCACAGCACGCUGCUUACUCUGCUUACCUACUUGCCCAAGGAGGAUCAAUACGCCCCGUGGUCUACUGCUAACACCGCCAUCACUCUGUUCAAUCGCUACCUUAGCGGCGAUAAGGAUUACGACAACUUUAGGUUCUAUGUUAGCGAGCUGGUGAGCGAACAGUACGAUAAAUUCGGAGUUAAUGACGUGCAUGGCGAACAGCAUCUUGCCAAGUUCACAAGAAAUUUGAUCAUUAACCUGGCGUGUUUAGCUGGAUUGGACAGUUGCCUUAAAGAAACAUCGGCCAAGUUGGAAGCCCUAGUUAAUGAGGGCAAAACCAUUGAACCGAACUUACAGUCGCCUGUCUACUGCAAUGGCUUGAAGCAAACAGAUGACUCCGUCUACAACUUUGUUUAUGAGAAAUUAAUGGACUCUACCGAUCAAGCGGAGCGUCGUCUGCUUAUUUCAUCACUAGGCUGCUCACAGAAUUCCAAUCAGGUGAAUAAGUUCGUGUCCAGCAGUAUCGAUGCAGAGAGCAAGUUACGCGUGCAGGAACGCAUUACAUUGCUGAGCUCGGCCUAUUCCCGUGGCGAGGUCGGUCUAUUGACCUCCAUUGAGUUCCUUAACGAACACUGGCAGGAGUACGGCCAAUUAAAUACGGGUUUUGGUGGUGUAAACCCCCUGUACUCGGACAUUGUCGGCAUGUCUGCCUAUGUCGUCAACGAAAAUCAAAAGACUAAGCUCCAAGAGCUUGUUGACAAAGUUAAGGGCUCUGAAUAUGUACCAACAACACUGCAGGAUAGUGUGGACGCCAACACCAAUGCCAACUUCCAGUGGCUUGAGACUAAUCGCGAUCCAUUGAUAAACUGGGUGACCGAAAAAUAUCGCACUGGUGGAGGCGCCUCUCUCACCACAUCUUUCGCAACCAUCAGCAUGGCCAUAUUCCUGAUAGUUACCAGACUGUUUUAGUCUAGAUAUUACAAAUUUUUAAGUUAGGUUAUGAUUAUUUGUUUCCCAAGAAUAAAAUCCACCAUCCAAGUAUAA